GUAAAUAAAGUGAAAGUUGUAUUUUGUGAAAAUGGCAAUGAAAAUCUGAAAUUGCUGGUGAAAUUCUACAAUCUAGCUAUAUCAAAAUUCUAAAAUUCUCCACCAAAUCAAGACAUCAUCAGAAAUUAAAUGGCUUCAUCAUGGUCAAAAGAAGCACCCACACCUAGAGAUGCUCCGAGAUUUAACCCCAAUCAAGGUGGACGUGGAGUAGGAAGUGUCAAAUUACAGAAAUCUAAAUCAGUCGACAGUGCUGGGUCUUCACGAUCAAAAUCAUCAUUUCAAAAUCGACCUUCUGAUAAAUUAAACCCUAAAACAUUUGAUCCUUUUAAGAAUUCUACGAAAUGUUUAUCACCAUUUGCUAAUCUAUAUGCUAAUGGAGGUGUGCCUUGCAGAUUGUUCCAUGGUAGUGUUAAACAUAGAAUACAGUGGGAAAUUCCUCCAGAACAAGUUCCAUUUAAUCCUAUUCUAGUAGCACUAGCUGAUGGUUUACGAGAAACAGUUCAUCCGUACAUGUUUGUAUCACAAACUGGGUUUAAAGAGUUAUUGGAGGUCCCUAAUGCUGGAGAAAAAGCCACACCCCUUUUACCCAGACUAGCCCCACCCCUCAGAGCUGCAUUGGCCCACGAGAAUGUAGAAGUAUUUGAGAGAGGUCUAGCAGCCACUAUUCAACUGAGUGACGUCGUAGGACCAGCCUUAACUCCUCAUCUUAAAGUUUUACUCAUGCCUUUGGCUAAGAGGAUGAUGGAGAAGAAAUAUAAAGAAAGAAUAACUGAAUGUUUACAACAACUUGAAGAGAAUUGUGGCAGGGAAGCUCUUCCCAUCAUCAAAUCAAAAGUGCCGACUUAUUCUUCUAUUUAUGGAUGACAGUAGUAUCCAUAUUGGUUUUAUUCUAUAGUCAGUAGUGAUCUCAACAACUGUUUGUUCUUUC